AUGUCUCGUCAGCGUCUUGUCUUAGGCCUCCCACGUGUCUUGCCGUCGCUGCCACCUUUGCUUGAACCACCGUGCAGUCCCUGCGUCAAGGGUAGGCUGCGCGCCACCCCUCACUCCUCCUCCCUUCGUCCGGCCACCGAGCCUUUUGUGACGCUCCACUUAAACGUCUGGGGCCCCGCCCCUCGCCUUGGCCCUGAGCGUGAGCGUUUCUUUCUGGUGGUCGUUGACGACUACUCCCGCUACACCACAGUGUUCCCCCUUGCGAAGACGUCUGAGGUGACUUCUACGCUGAUCAGGUACGCCGCUCACCAGCUGAACCUCUGGCCACGUGUCUCUCGGCCAGAGGUUUCACCGACUAGUCUUUGGACCGGGUCCCGUGGUGUUGCGUCGAGGUUUCGUGUCUGGGGUUGCUUGGCUCUUGUUCGCGACACCUCCGCGGACAAGAUCUCGCCUCGCGUCGUUCCCUGUGUCUUCCUUGGUUUCCCAGAGGACUCCUCUGACUUCACCUUUUUCCACCCUCCCCUUCACCGGUUCUUUGACUCCCGUGACGUCAGUUUCGACGAGUCCGUCCCCUACUACGUCAGGUACCCCUGCCGAGGUCUCCCGGUGUGUCCCACGCUACCCGUCCCCCCUCGGUAG